AUGCGCGGCGUGCGCCCGUGGCUGGCGUUUGCGAUCACGGCGGCGCUCCUCGGCGCGGCGGCGAGCUGGCGCAACGGCACGAUCUCGCGCAACACCACGACCACCAAAACGACGGCGAAGCUCGUGCUUCUGUCGGCGCCGCGGUCCGGCAGCACGCUGCUCGUGGAGAUGCUGCGCGCGCCCGCGUCCGACGCGUGCCCGCGGACCCACGACGACGUGCUCAUGCACGGCGAGCCGUUCCACGCGGGGCAGGAAAAGGGCGAUUCAACGUUCCACGCGUCGGACCUCCGCGCGUCGGCCAAGGACGGCUUCGCGGGCAACGUGAGCGUGCGCGACGACGUCUUCGGCCGGCGGCGGAGCCGCCCCGGCGAGCUGCUCGACGCCAUCGCGGCCACGGCGUCGACGCGCGCGCCCGUCGUCGGCUUCAAGCUCUUCAGCAAGCACCUCGAGUGGGAGAACCUGCCCGUGUUUUUGGAGUGGGCGACGCACGUCGUCCUGCUCCAGCGCUCGAACGCGCUCGAGCAGUACAUCUCCAUCUGCCUCGCGCAAAAGUCCAACGUCUGGGCGACCUACGCCGACAGCGCGCGCGUCAAGGUCCGCGAGCUCGACGUCGCGAUCUCGCCGGAGCUCUUCGAGGCGUGGCGGGACCACGAGGCCGCGUUCGCGGCCUACGCGCGGCGCGCCGUCGCGAGCCUCGACGCGGACGACCGGCCGGCGCUGCUCGAGCUCUGGUACGAGGCGGACCUGUGCGCGCCGGAGCGGCGGCGCGGCGCGCUCGCCAAGGUCGAGCGGUUCCUCGGCGUGCCCGGCGGCCGGUUCCGCCACGACGCGCCCCACCUCCCCGUGAAGCAGCACGCGCACAACGUCUUCGAGUCCGUGUCCAACUGGGCCGCCGUCGCCAACUCGACCGCGGGCGCGCCCUACGCGACGGCGACGUCGUGCUCUUCGAGGCGCCGGCUCGCCGACGACACCGCCGACGCCGCGGCCGCGCGGAAGAAGCACCUCAAGGAGCUCCAGGGCCACCACUGCAAGGAGGGCGGGCCGGGCUGGCUCUAA